UUGGUCCUGUCGGUCACAUAACUCUUAUCUCAUAGCCCACCAUCCUCAAUCAUUGAAGUACCCAAAGAUAUCCUACAAAAUUUUUCAUCUAUAUAUACUCAUGGCUGCAAGCCUUUUAGGCAUCCAAAAUCGUUCACAUCCUAAAGCAUUUUAGCUCCAAAAACAAAUAUUUACAACUAUCUUUUCUCAACUUUCUCUUCCCAAGUAUCAUCAUAUAAAACAUGGGUUUUCGUUUACUCGGUAUCAGAAAGGCAUCUUCAAAAGCUGUGGAUGUGCCAAAGGGUUACAUUGCAGUCUAUGUUGGAGAUCAAAGGAAGCGGUUUAUGAUCCCUGUAUCAUACUUGAACCAACCUUCAUUUCAAGAUCUUUUGAGUCAAGCUGAGGAAGAAUUUGGCUAUGACCAUCCAACUGGUGGUCUCACAAUUCCUUGUGGAGAAGAUGUGUUCUCAGAUAUCACUUCUCGCUUCAAUAGCUGCUAAUUGCAUGAAGAUGGAACUGACUUAGAUGUAGCCAUAUACUUGACACAUUUUUGUAUCAUAGUUUCUUACCUUGAGAACAUUUCCUUCUCCACAUUUUUUGAUGUCUGAAUUUGUAAAUGAAAUUUAAUCUGAAUGAGAAAUUUUGGGAACACCAACCUCUUUCACGUUUUAUUCUCUCAUAAUGUAUAUAUGAUGAAAAUAUGAUGUCUUUAAAAAUGGCAAGUGUAUGAUGCAUAAAAUAAAUCAAAUAAGAACCUAAUUUCUUUAUCUGCUCUGCAACAACCAACAACAAAAAAAUGACUGAUACAAAUGAGCACUUUAUAACAAAGUGUUACCAAAUUACACCUCUUCGUUCAAGCUAUUUUCAAUUAUAACAAUUGAAGAAGCAAAGAUAUAAAAAAUUUAAUCUAUGUUUAUACAAAUGAAUCAGUUAAAAUAAGAAUAAAAAAUAAUCAAUUACAUACCUAUAAUGUCUUAUUUGUUAAACAUCUUCAAAAAUUGCUAUGUACACAACGUUUUUCUUUGUUUUGGAACCUGUUUUCAAAUGGUUGUAUGACUUCAAAAGUGCAGGAUAUAAACAAAAUAAAAAUAAAUCUUUGAGAUAAGAAGAAUUAGGUAAAAAACAAAAGACUCACAAAACUCCAACUCAAUUAAUGGCUGCCUCUGUAUAACAAUUUGAAUAGUUUAUCAUUGUCAAGUUCGAGUCAAAAACAUAUAUAUAGUACAAAAUAUCUAUUUCAACUUAGUUAACUCCAAUCAAACCUGAUAUGUUGGUACUUUCAGAAGCAUACUAAAAAUAUGAUGAAAAUAAGAUAUCUUUAAAGAAAUGGCAAGUGUAUGAUACCUAAAAUAAAUCAAUUAAGAACCUAAUAAAAAACAUACUAUUGUUGCUUUGAGAAGCAUUGUUGCUUUAUGUCAUUUGUUCUUCUGUUGUCUUUUUUUUUUU